CCGCGCGGGCUCCUCGGGCAGCCUCCGGGCGGGCGAGGCGUUCUCGGGGCUGGCGGGGCGACAGCGGGCCAGGGCAGCCUGAGCGGGGCUUCCUCGGGGCGCCGAUCGCCUCUCCCCGCUCUCCCGGGGCGGCCUCUCCUGGCGGGGGGCCCGCGCGAUGUGCUCGGGCGGCCUCGGAGGGGCGGGAGAGGGGCGUCCCGGGCCAGGUUGGCGGAGGCGGCUUUCCCACGGCGGGCGGAGGGCGGCCCGGGGGGCUGGUUUCGGAUCGGCCCCCGGGAAGCCCGGCCGGAGCUGCCCCGGCGGCGCUGCCCUUCUAAGAGGAGCGGAGGGCCGCCCGGAGCGGACCAACCGGUUUGCCCGCCCUGCUCGCCAGGUUAGACUUUAACCCGACGCGGCUCCGGCCGCUCCUCGCCCGACGAAGCCCGAGAGAGGCUGGCUGGCUGGCUGACGUCGUCACAGCGGCCGGAGCUUCGGCGAGGAGGAGGAAGUCGGAGGAGAAAAAGGGGAAGUCGGGAAUGGCUCCGAAGCCGCCCAGCAGCCGCGGCGGCGUCCUUUUGGCUGAGGAGGGCUCGGCUGGGAUGGGCCCGUGGGCGUCGGUGCGGCUGCCUGGCCCGGAAGUCUGGCAUCUCUCCCUGUUUCUCCAGCUCGCCAGCUGGGAGCAUGUGCAGCGAAUUAACUCCAGUGCAUUCAUCUGGAAGAAGAAAGUGGUUAUCCCAAGCAGUUGUGUUGGACCGGAGUUCCCAUUCUCCACAGCAAAGGGAACCAUAAUCCUGAACAUCAGAGGCACAGUUGCUCUGAGUCGAUCCCCUGCUUGCGACUUCAUGCACACAGCCACACAGUUGGCCUGUUUCCAGGCUGCUUUUCCCCCGUCGUGGGAUUUCACAGUGGUCUCCCAUCCAGCUGCUAAGCAGGAGGCACAACCACCACCACCCGUCCUUUUCCAGACAUCCAGAUCCCCUUUUCCCACCUGGAUCUUCUGAGCGAACCCAGCCCGGGGCCUUCAUCAGCGAAGGAGGAAGGAAUCCACUGGGUCUCCUCUGAGAGCUGUUGAGGAUGGCCCAGUCCAGGUCCAGCAGUGGUUCCCACUACGCCCUGACGGCCAUUGGGCUGGGGAUGCUGGUCCUCGGAAUCAUCAUGGCCGUCUGGAACCUGGUCCCAGGCUUUGGCCUCAGCGCCAAGCCCCACCCGGCGGCCAGCAGCCACCAGAACGAGACCGACAUCAGCAAAGGGCUCCUGCACAGGAACAAGACCUUCUCGGUGGCCUACGUCUUGGUGGGGGCCGGCAUCCUGCUGCUCCUCUUCUCCAUCUGCCUGACCAUCCGGGACAGAAGGAAGCCGAGGCACCGCGAAGACGACGUUGUCCGGAUACGUCCGCAGCCCUCAGUCGAGCGGCCUCCCCCGGAAGACAGCCAAGACGACGACAACAACAGCCUCUCCCGCUACUAUGUGCCCAGCUAUGAGGAGGUGGUCAACGGCGUCUACCCGGAACCCCGGCAGGAGGCCGAACGUGGGACCCGCAUCAGCGUCUCCCUUCCUUCCUACGAGUCUCUCACGGGGCUGAAUGAAAGCCUCCCCACCAGGCCCAGCCCCACGGCGGCAGGGACAGCAACUGGGGCAGCCCCCGGGCCCGGCGGGGAGCGCCCACCCACCCGGCAGAGCUCCCGCCUCAGCAAACGCCUGAAGCCCUUGAAAGUGCGCAGGAUCAAGUCUGAGAAGCUGCACCUGAAGAAGCUCCAGCUGGGGGGCACCCCUCCUGCCCGGGUCACCAUAGAGCCACUCACCCCCCCUCCGCAGUACGACGAGAUCCCCCCCAAGCUGCCAGACCCUCGGGAGGGGGAGCCCUGAAGUCACUCGAGGGACAUCUUUGCAGGAAACACCGGAAGUGCUUGGGUUCUUGAGAAGAGGGGGGGUGGCUCAUAUCCAGUUGGCAAGAUUUGGAACCAAGCCAGAAGACCCCCUCGACCCCCUCCGCCCCCCUAUGGCUCAGAUGGACCUGCUUUCCCAACAGGACGGGGUCAGCUCGGAAGGGGGAGAUGGAUGCGCCUUGGAGAGCCAGCCUUUCACAGAAUGCCUCGGGGGUCUUUGUUCUUGUGAUCCUGGUCCAUCCGGGAUUUGGGGAAUACCCAUUUUUUUUCCCUCCAAGGGACCCUCUCCAUCAGACUUAGCCGGGUGCCCUUUUCUCCAGCUCUUUUCUCCAGUUGGCUGGAUGGAUUGCUUGGGAAGGUUGCCAAAUCCUGUCUGGAAGCUCAGCUCAAGGCGG